ACUCGAUUCGUUGAGUUAUGCACGCGUAUCGGAGGAUGAAGAAAGUACGAAGAUAUUGAAACAAGUUCAUCGAGUCGUUCACGAAAACAACAUGUUGCUGAAGGAAAUCAAAGAGCAAAUGAAUAAAGACAUUCCUUCAUUGGUGUACGCUCCGUUAACGCCAAUGUAUCCGGCCAACUCUCACGAAGAAUUACAAGAGUUGGUUAAACGAGAACAAAUGAUUGUAGCACUGCAGGCUGUCUCAGAGUGCAAUUUAUCGAGGACAGUCAUCACAAUGAUGAAGAUGCUCAUGACUCGAGCCUUGGCCAUGGAGUUCUCCAUGACAGGCCUCGGUGACAAGAGACGGCCUUGCAAGAUAAAAUUCGACAACUCGCCAGCUUGUUUCUUGGUUGAGCGCUCCGUUGGACUGAACCCGUUGUAUUCCCGUGAGCCACGGAGUGCUGUGAAAGCAGCAAUUCGGAAUGCUCUGAAAGGUGCCACAGAUUGGGACGGCCAUCGUGGCAGAAGGUUAAAUGCAGCUGCAGCUGCAGACCUCGGAUGUGAAGCAGGAGCGUCAACGUCUGCCGCAACCACGAGUGGUCCCUGCAGUGACGGCGAUCAAACUUCGAGUAUCGGCAUCAUACAGAAAACCGUAGAGCUUCUUGCUCCAUCUUACAUCUUCGGUUCAGACUAGAGUAUUUAGUUCAGAUGAUUUAGUUUCAUAUAAUUUAGUUUCAUUGGGUCAUCGAUCUAAAAAGGAAAGCUUUAAAAUGUAGUUCAUAAUGUUUCUAAAUAUCCACGAUCCUGAUUUUCAUAAUAUUUUAGACACGCUCAUCUAUUUGUCACCACAUGCAUACU